CGAGACGCAGCCGCCGCGGCCAUGGGCGGGCGCGCGGGGCGUUGGCGAGGCGGCGUGGCGGGGCCGCCGGGGCGCGGGAGGGCGCGCGGGGCCAGCCGGGCGCGCCGGGCCUGAGCGCGCGGCGCAGCGAGCCGGGCGGGGCCGGCCGCUAGGCCGCCGGCACGCGAAAAUGUUGGAGAUCUGCUUGAAGUUGGUGGGCUGCAAAUCCAAGAAGGGUCUCUCGUCGUCCUCCAGCUGUUACCUGGAAGAAGCCCUUCAGAGGCCAGUAGCAUCUGACUUUGAGCCCCAAGGUCUCAGCGAAGCAGCUCGUUGGAACUCCAAGGAAAACCUUCUUGCUGGCCCCAGUGAAAAUGACCCAAACCUUUUCGUUGCACUGUAUGAUUUUGUGGCCAGUGGGGACAACACCCUAAGUAUAACUAAAGGUGAGAAGCUCCGGGUUUUAGGCUACAAUCACAAUGGGGAGUGGUGUGAAGCCCAAACCAAAAAUGGCCAAGGGUGGGUCCCAAGCAACUACAUCACACCAGUCAACAGUCUGGAGAAACAUUCCUGGUACCACGGGCCCGUGUCCCGCAACGCAGCUGAGUACCUGCUGAGCAGCGGGAUCAACGGCAGCUUCUUGGUCCGGGAGAGCGAGAGCAGUCCUGGCCAGAGGUCCAUCUCGCUGAGAUACGAAGGGAGGGUGUACCACUACAGAAUCAACACUGCUUCCGAUGGCAAGCUCUACGUCUCCUCAGAGAGCCGCUUCAACGCUUUGGCUGAGUUGGUUCAUCAUCACUCGACUGUGGCCGACGGGCUCAUCACCACUCUCCAUUACCCGGCCCCCAAGCGCAAUAAGCCCACCAUCUACGGCGUGUCCCCCAACUACGACAAGUGGGAGAUGGAGCGCACGGACAUCACCAUGAAGCACAAGCUGGGUGGAGGCCAGUACGGGGAGGUGUACGAAGGCGUGUGGAAGAAAUACAGCCUGACGGUGGCCGUGAAGACCUUGAAGGAGGACACCAUGGAGGUGGAGGAGUUCUUGAAAGAAGCUGCAGUGAUGAAAGAGAUCAAGCACCCCAAUCUGGUGCAGUUGCUCGGGGUCUGCACCCGGGAGCCCCCAUUCUACAUAAUCACUGAGUUCAUGACCUACGGGAACCUGCUGGAUUACCUGAGGGAGUGUAACCGGCAGGAGGUGAACGCCGUGGUGCUGCUCUACAUGGCCACCCAGAUCUCGUCAGCCAUGGAGUACCUGGAGAAGAAGAACUUUAUCCACAGAGAUCUUGCUGCCCGAAACUGCCUGGUAGGGGAGAACCACUUGGUGAAGGUGGCUGACUUCGGCCUGAGCAGGUUAAUGACCGGGGAUACCUAUACCGCCCAUGCCGGGGCCAAGUUCCCGAUCAAGUGGACAGCGCCAGAAAGCCUGGCCUACAACAAGUUCUCCAUCAAGUCCGACGUCUGGGCUUUUGGAGUAUUACUUUGGGAAAUUGCCACCUAUGGCAUGUCACCUUACCCAGGAAUUGACCUGUCCCAGGUGUAUGAGCUGCUGGAGAAGGACUACCGCAUGGAGCGUCCGGAAGGCUGCCCGGAGAAGGUCCACGGACUCAUGCGAGCGUGUUGGCAGUGGAAUCCCUCCGACCGGCCUUCCUUUGCUGAAAUCCACCAAGCCUUUGAGACGAUGUUCCAGGAAUCCAGCAUAUCAGAUGAAGUGGAAAAGGAACUGGGGAAGAAAGGUGUGCGAGGGGUUGCGAGUACUUUGCUGCAGGCCCCGGAGCUGCCCACCAAGACCAGAACCUCCAGGAGAGCUGCGGAACACAAAGACCCCACUGAGGUGCCUGAGACGCCCCACUCCAAGGGCCCGGGAGAGACCGAGCCUCUGGACCACGAGCCUCCUGUGUCUCCACUGCUCCCUCGAAAAGAACGAGGUCCCCAGGAUGGCGGCCUCAAUGAAGAUGAGCGCCUUCUCCCCAAAGACAAAAAGACCAACUUGUUCAGUGCCUUGAUCAAGAAGAAGAAGAAAACAGCCCCAACCCCCCCGAAACGCAGCAGCUCCUUCCGGGAGAUGGACGGCCAGCCCGAGCGCAAGGCGACCAGCGAGGAAGAGGGCCGAGAAACCAGCAAUGGGGCGCCAGUCCUCACACCCUCGGACGCCGCCGAGCCAGCCAAGUCCCCAAAACCCAGCAGCAGGGCUGGCGUCCCCAACGGAGCCUUCCGGGAGUCAGGAGGUGCAGGCUUCCGGUCUCCCCACCUGUGGAAAAAGUCCAGUACACUGACGAGCGGCCGCCUGGCAGCCAGCGAGGAGGAGAGCGGCAGCAGCGCCAGCAAGCGCUUCCUCAGGUCCUGCUCUGCCUCCUGCGUGCCCCACGGGGCCAAGGACACAGAGUGGAGGUCUGUCACACUGCCACGCGAUCUGCAGUCCACGGGGAGGCAGUUCGACUCGUCCACAUUUGGAGGGCACAAAAGCGAGAAGCCAGCUCUGCCUCGGAAGCGGGCAAGUGAGAACAGGUCCGACCAGGUGACCAGAGGCACGGUGACUCCCCCACCCAGGCUGGUGAAGAAGACCGAGGACGCAGCGGAUGAGGUCUUCCGAGACGCCGGGGAGGCCAGCCCGGGCUCCAGCCCGCCCAGUUUGACACCAAAACUCCUCCGCAGGCAGGUCGCAGGGGCUUCUUCCUCUGGCCUUCCUCACAAGGACGAGGUCGGGAAGUCCGGUGCCUUGGGGACCAUUGUCGCAGCUGAGCCGGUGCCUGCCACCAGCCGAGCAGGGCCAGGAGCAUCUGGGGGGGCCGGCAAAGCCCCCACUGAGGAGCCCAGAGCGAGGAGGCACAAGCCCUCUUCCGAGUCCCCAGGGAGAGACAAGGGGAAGCUGUCCAAGCUCAAGCCCGUCCCGCCGCCCCCGCCACCGGCCUCCGCUGGGAAAGCCGGGAAGCCCUCUCAGAGCCAGAGCCAGGAAGCAGCGGGGGAGGCCGGCGCUGGUGGGAAAGCCAAAGCCGCAGCCAUGGUUGUGGAUGCUGUGAACAGUGACACUGUCAAGCCCGGGCCACUGGGAGAAGGCGUCAAAAAGCCUGGGCUUCCGUCCAUGCCAAAGCCACAGUCGUCCAGCAAGCCGGCAGGGACCCCAACCAGCCCAGCUCCCGCCCCCUCCGCCUCGCCAUCAGCAUCUUCUGCCCUGGCCGGAGACCAGCCAGCCUCCACUGCCUUCAUCCCGCUCAUAUCAACCCGUGUGUCUCUUCGGAAAACCCGCCAGCCUCCAGAGCGGAUCGCCAGUGGCACCAUCACCAAGGGCGUGGUCCUGGACGGCACGGAGGCUCUGUGCCUGGCCAUCUCCAAGAACUCUGAGCAGAUGGCCAGCCAUAGCGCCGUGCUCGAAGCCGGCAAGAACCUCUACACGUUUUGCGUGAGCUAUGUGGAUUCCAUCCAGCAAAUGAGGAACAAGUUUGCCUUCCGCGAGGCCAUCAACAAACUGGAGAAUAAUCUCCGGGAGCUUCAGAUCUGCCCGGCGACAGCAGGCAGCGGCCCGGCGGCCACUCAGGACUUCAGCAAACUCCUCAGCUCCGUGAAAGAGAUCAGUGACAUCGUACAGAGGUAGCAGGAGCCAGGCGUCAGGGCAGCCGGAGCUGUCCCACCGGCCGUGCCUAAGGGCUUCCCCACGCCUGCCAUGGUGGCUGACACGAGACCCGUGAGUUGGGACGUUGGCCCAGGAGUGCCGUGCUGGACGGAGCCAAAGGUCACAGUGGAACACAGCCCUACUACCUAUGUUUUGCGCCAGCUGUCCUCCUGCACUUUCCCCCUCCCCCGCCCGGGCUCCUCAGCCUCCUCUGUGCUGAGUUCUAUCUGUGGAGUUCCUGCUCUGUGGACUUAAACUGAGCUCUUUGGGCCAGGUGGGAAAGCAGAUGAGUAUUUCUUUUUUUCUCCUCUGGCUCUGCCUUCUCCUCCAUUUACCCCAAGAACGAGUACCCUGAACAGGAAUCUUGUCACCAAGGCCUAGGAACUGUCCCCUCCACUUACCACUCGGAAGGAGCCUAUGCAUGCCUCUUACUGUGCCUCCUGCCCUGAAGACGCGUUUCCAGAACUCCAUCCUGGAAAGUGCUGCUGGCUGGUCACUCUGUCCUCCGUUGCUGCCAGGCGCUGGGGCCCUCACGUUUCCUCGUGUGAAGGUCACCUCUUGAUUUGGGAGGGGGGCGUAAAACAGGGUGCUAACCAACCGGCCUUUGGGUCCCGGGACAGGUGGGGAAGCUGAGGGGCCCAUGGUGUGGGAGACCGUCCUUGCCACCCAUUCUCGGCGCCUUGCUGUCUUGUGACAGGCACUGCUCACCCAGGACGGAAAGCUGGAGUCUUAGUAGCAGGGUCUCAGUCCAGAGUACCAGCGUACGGGAGGCAGGACGGAUGGCCAUCGGGGUGAACAGCUGGUGCCCAGGUGGCCUGGGGCUGGGCCUAGGGAGGCCUGCUUUGGGCCCAGGACACCUUCCUUUCAGGUUUCCAGGUGCCCAGAAGCAGCACUGGGUCUUGAUUUCUGACCAGUGUCGUCCUGCUCCCUUCUACUCCUCUGCAUGCAGAGCUCUUUUCCUGUGCAACAAGCCAGUCCUUAGUUGUCUGGAGUUCUGGAAGGAUUUUGUGGCUCCACCCUCAGCCCAGCCCCCUGUGGUACAGCAGGACCUGCCGUCGGCCACCAGCACCUGGGAGGAAAAGACUGUGGAGCCAAAAGCCCCUUUUGGCCGUGCACGAAGGGGCAGACGUCCCAUUGAAUCGCCAUGAGCAACACGUAGCCCCCAUUUCUGCUGGGGUUAUCAGGGAUGAAGACCGCAAACAAAUGAAGCCCCAGAAUGUGUCUCGAAGAACAGGCCUUUGUCUACUCUCCCCAGGCGGCCCCAGACCAGGCUCGUGGGGCAGAAGCCCGGGCCGUCUUGAGCUUGACCUGGAGCAGCUACUGAAGAGUGGGCAGGCACCUGCCUGGGCCUCUCAGCAGGCCCAGGAGGAAGAACCACCUCGCACCCCCAGGGGUGCGCACCUCCUCGCACCGUGACCGCACACGGGCCCCAUUUUUAUGCUCCUCACCUAGACUUGUAUUUUAUUUCCCUGGUAGAGACUGUUUCGUUUGGAUCAACUUCCGCUGUCCUCACAGCGCGUCACCUCUUCGCCCCCCCAGCCUCCCGUGUUGCACACACUGGGGGAGGUGCUCGAACACCACCAGCGGCCUUUCGGACAAAGCAGAACGGACCCCCUGGGUUCCCUCAACUGCGUGUUUCCAUGAGGUACUGGCCUCUUUGUUCACAUGAUUUGCCACUAUAUUUUACAUUUAUACGUUGAUAUUACACUCUUUUAUAAAUGACAUGUAAAUAGUUUUCCACUAUUCUCUCUUCUCAAAUGCUUCUAGUUGUCUUUUUUUUUUUUUUUGUCGCAUACAUUUUGUUUCUGUAUAUGAUUCUGUGGUUUUUGAAUCCACAUCUUUCUGUAGUAUUUUUUAAAUAAAUGUUUACAACAUUAGAACUCGG